CAUUCUGCAAUCUGGUGGUAGGAACACGGUGAAAAAUAUCUUUCUGAAAAAGAACAAAAUCGCGCCUUCGGGCGGCGAUGGAUUUAGUCGGACAGUAAGAGGCACGGGUUGUGAAAGAGUACUGUUUCCAAAGGUUCCACCAGCAUGGCGCGCAGUGUUGGAAGCGCCACAAUGCUUGCGCCCGGUCAGGAUAUGGACGAUAGCCGGUUCCGUAUCCGGCCCUAUCAGCAAAUACUAUCUUCCUGCAGUGGUGCCCUUGUGACAUCGCUGUUCAUGACGCCGUUGGAUGUGAUUAAAACGCGCCUCCAGGCGCAACAGAAGCUGUUGCUGUCCAACAAAUGUUAUCUGUACUGCAACGGGCUCAUGGAUCACAUUUGUCCUUGCGCCCCAAACAUGGGCCCGUCCGCCGUCAGCAAACCUACGUUACAUUUCACCGGAACUAUCGAUGCGUUUUCGAAAAUAAGCCGCCACGAAGGGGUCCGCUCGUUAUGGUCCGGCCUGGGCCCCACACUGGUGCUGGCCCUGCCGACGACGGUCAUUUACUUCGUGGCGUACGAGCAGUUUCGCAUCCGGCUGAAGGAACUGUACCAAAGCAGAAAGGGACGGGACGCGGAGCUUCCGUUCUGGUUACCGCUCACGGCCGGCGCAUCGGCUCGCGUCCUGGCCGUAACGAUCGUGAAUCCGCUCGAGCUGAUACGCACCAAAAUGCAGUCCGAGCGAAUAAGCUACUCGGAGGUCGGCCAAGCGUUCCGCAGUAUGCUGCGGGUGCAAGGAGUCCGCGGCAUGUGGAACGGAUUCUUCCCCACCAUUCUGCGGGACGUACCGUUCAGCGCGAUCUACUGGACGACGUACGAAUCGUACAAAAAGCACCUCAACGUGACGCAGCCAACGUUUUCGGUCAGCUUCGUCGGUGGUGCCAUUUCGGGCGGUGUGGCCGCCUUUCUCACGGUACCGUUCGAUGUGGUCAAAACGCACCAACAGAUUGCGUUCGGCGAACGGUUCCUGUACCCACAGAACGGGGCCGGUAAAUCGGCCACCGUUAGCACGUUCGCGACGAUGAGCAGGAUUUUCCAAGCCAGUGGCAUCCGGGGCCUAUUCACCGGCCUUACGCCACGGUUGGUUAAAGUUGCGCCCGCCUGUGCCAUCAUGAUUGCGUCGUUCGAGUAUGGGAAAAACUUUUUCUACUCGUACAACGUGAAGCGCUACCAGGAGAAACAUGGCCGGGUGCCGGGGGUCGCGCCUCCGUUCGGUGGCACUACGACCGGGAGCUCCUUGGUUAGCAGUUCGAUGCCCACUUCUUCGCCUACCGUCGUCGCUGCUGCUUCACCGUCGCCAUCGCACCAUGGUCGUGUCCGGUUUUGAAUCGGUUGACGCUCCCGUUUCAUAGGCUUCAGAUUUUGAGCUAUCCGAUAGCUUUACACCCGGUUUAUGCGAACCAUUCAAAAACGAAAGCCCACAAUUUGAGAGAGUGAAAGAAAGGCAAUUCCAAUAGACAGUAAACCCGUUACUGCAUGAGUUUUGAAAAAGAUAAGAAACGGUCGCAUCAAGACGCGUUAUCGUAAACGCUACGGGGGUCUGUCGCACAGCAGCAGCAGCAGAUAAGCCGUAGGCCGCGCGUAACCGAACAACCGAGGAUUAUUGGGCAUGGAGACGAUCACGUUGUGAGUUACAUCGCACCAUCAGCGCAUCAAGAGCGACACAAGCGAUAGACACUGGAUUGGUCGAAGACAGGCAGUACGACGGAGAGAGGACAAUAAAAAAGUAUUUGAAGACAACUG